UGCCAAUUACAGUCAGACGCACGGCAGUUGGAGGCCGUUAUAAUACGCGGAGUGUUGGAGCUGCAUUGCUGAGCGCUGUUCGGGACCCCUUGUUGUGGAUUUUGGGGGCAGUGCUAAAUUCAAAUCUGCUCGGGCUCAACACACGCCUCGUUUCGAGCUGCGCCACUGUGCUCCAGGUUUUCGCGCAGAGCGAGAAACGAAACGCACACGGGAUGCUGCGAGGAGAAACACAGCAACUCCAGUUCAGUUCGAGGAAAUAUGACUUUGCUCAGUAGAAAUGAUGGAUGCGAUAGACUCCGUUGAUCCAUACAGCCGACCAGCGCGCAGGACACAAUGGAUAGUCAGCACCCUGGCUUACCAUUACGGACUGGACCGGGGAGUGGAGAACGAGAUUAUUGUUUUGGCCACCGGGUUGGAUCAGUAUCUGCAGGAGAUUUUCCACCACAUGGACUAUCAAGGUGCAGGCAAAAUCCCCGUGGAGGAGUUUAACAUCCUGUGUGAAGUUUUGGGACUGGACAAAGACUCGGAGGACACAGAAUGCGUCGACGUUUUAGACAAUUUGCCCAGCGAACUCACCUUCAGACAGUUCCACGCCAAACUGUGCGGGUACUUCAGCACUAAGGCUGGCUGCCAGUAUGAGAACGGCCGGCUGCUGGUCGGGAUGGACAGCGAGCACAUAGAGACUCAGAUCCGCUUGAGGAGCCCGCUGAAGCGCCGAGAGAAGCUGUUGUCUGUGGGAGCGAGCAGCGGCCCCUCUCCUCUCCCGGAGGGGCGGCACGCCUCCGGCUGCAGGCUUGGCUCCUGCACCCGGGAGUGCUACGAGGAGAUCGUGGCCCUGGAGGAAGCGGAGGAUCGAAUAGCCAAACUGGAGGAUGAGAAUGCGAGUUUGAGGGAGUUGAUCGAGGACAUGCGAGCCGCACUUCAGAGCAGUGAUGCCCGCUGUUUGGCUCUGCAGGUCGGACUGUGGAAAAGCCACUCCAAACACAAAGCAGACGAAGGCUGUUUUGUCGCUCACCAGAAGCAAGCCAUGCAGAAAAAAAUGGCCAACACCAACCUGAAAAGCUUACAGAACAUAAUCCACGAAAUAGAGCUGCUGCGUAGCUCGCAAGAUCGGCAGGUGGAGGAAGCCAUGCGUUGUAAUCAGAGACUGGAGCAGGAACUGUGGAGCUCUAAAGAGACUGUGGCUGCGUUGGAGGACUGCAACAGGGCACUGAAGAGGGAGCAGGUGGCCAUGAGAAGGAAGGUGGAGGAGGCCCGACAGGCGCUGCUCAGCGGGCUGGGUAAAGUGAAGGAACUGGAGGCAAAGGCAAAUCAUGUAUCAGCACUGCAGAGACACAUCCUUCAGCUGGAAUCAGAGCUCCUCUACUACAGGUCAGAAGUGUCGAAACUACAACUCCCAGGCAGCACCAGUGCAGAGCAGCAGCUGAGUGUCAGCAGCAGGCCAGGACAGAGAUGCUGCCUGGAUACCCAGCACGACCGCUGUUCCCCGACAGGAUGUGCUGUAACGACUCCAGACAAGAUGGAGGAGCAGCUGUUUCGGUCAGUGGAGGGCCAGGCAGCCUCUGACGAAGAAGAUGACAAGUGGACUGGAGAUCAACAGAGACAAGUGGAUGAGGUGAAGAGGAUCUUAGCCAGGCUAUCCUGCUGUGGGGAAAGGUGCGAGGACAAGGCAUUCAAAAAGUUAAUGUCUAAUUUCGGGAGCUCGAGAAGCGAAGAGAGCUGCAGUGCUGUGUUGGAGCUCCUUGAGAGAGUGACCAGGUUGCAUAAGCAGCUGGAGCUGAAGGAAAGCCAGGCUGAGAUAAACAUGGACCAGAUGAAGGACUCCCUGAUGCAGGAGCUGCAGCAGAAGGCUGAGGAGACUGAGCUGCUUCAGAUGGAGCUGCAGAUGCUGGAGACAGAGAGGGUCCGUCUGUCUCUGGUGGAGGAGAAGCUUGUGGACAUCCUGCAGCUUCUCCAGCAGCUCAGAGACCUGAACGUCUCACGGAGGUCUCUCGGGAAAAUCUUGCUCAGCACUCUGGAGUCUUGCAGCGACCCGCAGCACGGCAAGGCCCAUAUUCUGGAGGUGCUCAAUGCCCUCUAUCAUGAACUUACUGCUUGUGAGAUUCUGUCUUCUGGUAGACCUUUGGAAAAGACACACAGUCAGCAGUCUCUUGAUGCCCUCAUCAUCUCCUGCUAAACAAGACUGCCUCCUGCUGGCCUCGGAAAAUGCAAGCGUCUUUUUGGAGGACACUGAAAGCUCAAUAGUUUUGAUAUAUGAAGCUGAUUGAUGUGUAUAGUGUAUUAUAUUAUGGCGAUUAUAAGCCUCUUGCCCUGUAUCUAUAAAGGGAUGUUAAUCUAGAAUUAUUGUAGCAAAGAGCUUUAUUACAUAUAACUGAAAUACAUGCUCACAGAUUUUUUUAAAAGCUUCUAUUGCACAUAAACUUUCAGGAUGCAAAAAAAAAAUUGUUUCAUUUGAACUUUUUCACAAAAGAUACGUAAAUGUGAAAAUUCAGAAGUGAGUUUAACUUUAACAGGACAUAGUGCUCAACCUCUGCUGGUCAACCUCAACCUCUGACAUAACCAUUCCACAUCUGCUUUUUAAGAUGAAAUAAGCUGAAAAGAUGAUAGGCUACACAAACUGUAGAGAAAUAUGCAAUCUACAGUGUAUUUUACCAUCUCAGGAGACCACACAUGCUUUUAUUUUGCAGCCCUUAGGAUGCCUCCGUGUUGGGAGAUAAUGUGGGAUCAUUAGCCACUUUGUAUCUAACUGUGUUGACAUGGUCAUCUGCGACUAUUAAGCAAUAAAUAAAAAUUUGGA